AUGAAGCUUCUCACCAUCCUAUCGGGAGUUGUGUCGCUGGCCGCCACAGUCUUGGCCUACCAGAACCCUCUGCCUUGCAGUGGUACCUGCACCAACGCUCACGACCCUUCCCUUAUCAAGCGUACCUCUGAUGGCACUUACUUCCGUUUCUCGACUGGAGGUGGUAUUGCUGUCCACACUGCUUCCAGUGCCCAGGGCCCUUGGGUCUACAAGGGUCAAGUCCUCCCCAAUGGCGCAAAUGUAGCCAACUCCGGAAAGACUGAUCUGUGGGCUCCUGAUGUGUCCUUGGUCGGCAACACCUACUACCUUUACUACACUGCGAGCGCUUUCGGUACUCAGAACUCUGUCAUUGGUCUUGCAACUUCUUCUUCCAUGGAUGUCGGUACUUGGUCCGACAAGGGCUCCAGUAAGCACUCAUUGAUUGGAUCGAACAAAAACAUUACUGAUAAAUUCCAGCCGNGUAUCUCUUCCGAUAGCAGCAAGUCUUACAACGCCAUCGAUCCAAACCUCAUCAAGGUCGGAAGCCAAUACCUUAUGAACUUUGGUUCCUUCUGGCACGAUCUCUACCAAGUAGAAAUGAACACCACCCCUAACACUGUCAACUCAAAGGCCGGCGGAUCCUACAACACCAUCUUCAAGCCCGCCGGAACCCACGACCAGGAAGCUGCAUACAUGAUCAACUACAACGGUGGCUACUACAUGUUCUUCAGCGAAGGUCAGUGCUGCAACCUGGACACGAGCCGCCCUGCCGCUGGCCAAGAGUACAAGGUCAAGGUUUGCAGAUCCAACACUGCUACCGGCGGUUUCGUGGACCAGAGCGGUGUGAGCUGUACCAAUGGAGGCGGUACUCUUGUCUUGCCUUCGCAUGGAACCAUUUACGCUCCUGGUGGUCAGGGUGUUUACAAUGAUCCUAGCUUGGGAUGGAUUUUGUACUACCACUAUGUUGACACUACCAUUGGCUAUGCUGAUGGGCAGAAGCGCUUUGGUGUCAACAAGAUCAAGUGGGUUAAUGGCUGGCCUACCGUUUAA